AUGAAUAGAGUUAGACAAUUGGUGUCUGGUAGUCGAAGACAAUCGAGUAGACCUGUACGAUCUGAUGAACAGUCUAAUAACAAUAACAGUGAUAAUAAUAUAGAAAAUAGGACGGAGAAUUACGAUCAAAACUAUGACGAUCAAACUACCGUAAUGGAAUCAGAUGCAUUCCCCUCGGAUUCUAUAACUCUGAACACAUUUGUUUCUGAAGAUCAAACAAUUGGUGAUCUUCAAAGACAAGGGUACGUUAACAGGGCACCUACCUUCACGCAUUAUAGGGUUUUACCUUUUGUUUCUAUUGUUUUAAAAAAAGGUUUCUUUGCUUUCCCCAGUGAAGAGUCAUUUUCUGUAUAUAAAAAUAAUAAGAGAAAGUUUGAUAGUAUUGAUUGUACACAAGCAUUGGGGAUUCCAUUAUACCAUUCAGUUUCAUUGAAUGUUAUGAAAUCAAUGUUUAACAGGAAACAUCCAAUAACAACCAUAUACAGAUAUAUUAUCUAUGAUCCUAACUCCUCUAUAAUUAAAUUACCAAAUAGUGCCGAAUUUGUAGCGCACUUAAAUUUGGAAAGUGAUGAGAGUGAAAGGAGGGAUCUGUAUAAGAUUGAGUUUUGUACAGUUCAUAAAGAAGUGACAGAUUCAUAUAGAAGAGUUGAGCAUAUUUUUACAUUCUUUAGAUACGAACAAUUUGAAAACCAACAAUAUUCGAAAAAAACAGAAAGUGACACUGCUUUAAGUUCUGACGGAGAACCUAAAGUUUAUAGCUACUCUAUGUUUAAUCAUACUGAGAGAAGAAAUUCAGAUACUAAAGUUGGUGGCCUAAAUCUUCAAUGGUAUGGGACAACUGGUUUUGCCUCUCCGUUUGGGUCAAGCAUUUUAAAAUUACUUAUAUUAGAUGAUAAUAUGGCAUCUCUAUGUGAUCAGAGAACAAUGGAAGAAUAUGAUAAUUAUAGGAGACAUAAUAGAGUAAGACCACUUGGAUAUCUUCCUGUAUGGGCUAAAUAUUCAGAUGCAGGUGCAACCAUCAUUCCUAAAAAGUUAACAUUAAAACUUGCCACAUUGGAAAUUGGCGAGUCUGAUCGUUGCAACUCUGGAGAUAACACUGAUAUUCAUCAAUCUUCUGUAGGUAUAUAUGGCAUACCGUGGGAAACCGAAGUUUUAACUUGCAUGGCAAUGGUUUUACAUGAGUAUGAAUCAAGAAAGGACAAGAGACAUAGUUCAGCAAUAUCUAGAGGCUCACUUGCUUCAUCGGGGUUAUUGCUUACAUCAGGCUUUAUGGUUACCUGA